CAAUCCUAAUUUAUUUAAAAAAUGAAAACAGAACUGUAUAUGUGAUACUGUUUUAUUCGUAUUUUCUUCUUUUCAUAUUUUAAAAUUUCAAUACAAUUUAUUUAAAAUUGACUGCAUAUUACUGCUGAUGAACGAUGAACGCAACUUUACAAAUUGUCAUGUUUGUGAUGAGGUGUGAAAAGAUCUUCGUUUUGCUGAAAUGAAAUGAUUUCACGUAAAUUGCAAGUUUAAUAGUAUUUUGUGAUGUCAAACUUGUACUUUUAAAGAAAGUGCAGCAAAAUCUACGAAUACAAUACGCCAGUGCCUCAAUAUAAAUGCAACUUAAUAAAUACGAAACCACCGUACACCUAAGUCGAUUCCGAUCGGAUCGAAUGGAGUGAUCAAAUAGAAACUAACGAUGCAAACCAAUCUAAAAACUAAAGAGAUGUUUAUAGUCAGAGCCUUGGAAAAGAUACUAGCCGAUAAGGAUAUCAAAAGGUCCUAUCACAGCCAGUUGAAAAAGUCCUGUGAAGUGGCCCUUGAGGAAAUAAAAGCAGAACUUAAAAAUGGAGGCCAGGUGGAAUCGCCGGAGAGUCCAUCAUCAGGCACUCUUCCGCUGCCCAAGAAUGAUGCAGCCAACAUUAUCACUGCUGAAAAAUACUUCCUUCCAUUUGAACUGGCCUGUCAGAGCAAAGCAGCCAGGAUAGUUGUUACCGCACUAGACUGCCUACAGAAACUCAUAGCCUACGGACAUCUCACUGGAAACAUUCCAGAUUCAACCACACCCAGAAAACUGCUGAUCGACAGGAUUGUUGAAACCAUUUGCAGUUGUUUCAACGGCCCUCAGACAGACGAAGGAGUCCAACUACAAAUUAUCAAAGCCCUCCUAACCGUUAUCACAAGUCAACAUGUUGAAGUCCACGAGGGAACUGUGCUACUUGCAGUUCGCACUUGUUACAAUAUUUACUUAGCGAGCAAAAACCUUAUCAACCAAACAACAGCCCGAGCAACCCUCACACAAAUGCUAAAUGUCAUCUUCACAAAAAUGGAAAACCAGGCAAUUGAGUCCGAGCAUAAUAGUAACCACCCUGAACACCAUAAAAUACCCAAUGGCAACCUUCCAACAGAUGAAUGCCCGACUCAAACAAACAAGGAAACAACUCCACAGGAAGAAGAAAUUGAUGAAGUUUUAGAAGCCAAAAUGAUUGCAAAACAAAUAGUUGACUCUGUUAUAGACAAUGCAAUCAUUAUUGCUACAAAGAAAAACUCUGAGGAGUGCACUCCCAAUGGUCCAGAUAAUAUUGAAAAUCCCUCAGAUAAUUGCAGCAUUUCUCUAGAAAGUAAUGGCCAAGCAAACACUGAAUCAUCCAUGACAAGAAUUCCAUCGCAAGAAAGUGUUGAUGUUGCAUCAGAAAAUGACAACUCUGUAACAGCUAAGUUUACACAUGUCCUGCAAAAGGAUGCGUUCCUAGUCUUCAGGGCUCUAUGUAAGCUAUCCAUGAAGCCUUUACCUGAUGGUACUCCUGACCCUAAAUCCCAUGAAUUAAGAUCAAAAAUCCUCUCUUUACAUCUACUUCUUUCUAUCCUACAAAAUGCUGGUCCUGUGUUUAGAAACAAUGAAAUGUUCAUAACUGCAAUCAAGCAAUACCUCUGCGUGGCAUUAUCAAAAAAUGGAGUCAGCUCUGUGCCGGAAGUGUUUGAACUGUCUCUAGCCAUUUUCUUGGCCUUGCUACAAAACUUUAAGGUCCACCUCAAAAAGCAAAUUGAAGUAUUCUUCAAAGAAAUCUUCAUGAAUAUUUUGGAGACGUCGAGUUCCUCAUUUGAACACAAAUGGAUGGUCAUCCAAGCCUUGACAAGAAUAUGUGGAGAUGCCCAAAGUGUUGUGGAUAUUUAUGUCAACUAUGACUGUGACUUGUCGGCUGCCAAUUUAUUCCAGAGGCUAGUCAAUGAUGUGUCUAAAAUUGCCCAAGGAAGGCAAGCUUUGGAACUAGGGGCCACACCAAACCAAGAGAAAUCUAUGAGAAUCAGAGGCCUCGAAUGUCUGGUGUCAAUAUUGAAAUGUAUGGUAGAAUGGAGUAAGGAACUCUACAUCAACCCCAACAUGCAAACUACACUAGGAGAGAGACCAGUAAAAGAAGACACAGACCAUCAAAGCAUGAAAUCUCAUGGAGGAUCAAGUCUUAGUCUGGUUUCUACAGGAUCUAGUAACAUUGGCAAUAGAGAGACUCUAGAUUCCCCUGAACAGUUUGAAGUUUUAAAACAACAAAAGGAAGUAUGGGAAACAGGUAUAGAUCUUUUUAACAGGAAGCCAAAGAAAGGAGUAACUUUCUUGCAAGACCAAGGAUUACUAGGAACAUCUACAAAGGAAAUAGCUGAAUGGUUAUUAACUGAUGAAAGGAUAGACAAAAUAUUUAUCGGUGAAUAUUUAGGUGAAAACGAUGAUCAUUCCAAAGAAGUCAUGUAUGCUUAUGUGGAUUCAAUGAACUUCUCUAAUAUGGAUAUUGUAGCUGCUUUACGACAUUUUCUAGAAGGCUUCCGAUUACCUGGUGAAGCUCAGAAAAUAGAUAGGUUAAUGGAAAAAUUUGCUGCCCGAUAUUGUGAAUGCAAUCCCAAUAACACAUUGUUUAUGAGUGCCGACACAGUUUAUGUGUUAGCCUUCUCAAUAAUAAUGCUCACAACUGAUUUACAUUCUCCACAAGUGAAAAACAAAAUGACAAAGGAGCAGUACAUCAAACUGAAUAGUGGCAUAAGUGACAAUAACGACCUCCCGCGCGAGUACUUAUCUCAGAUUUACGAUGAAAUAGCUGGCCACGAGAUUAAGAUGAAAACCAUAUCUAAACCAGGAAAACACCUGUUCUCCAAUGAAAAGAAACGUAAACUUAUCUGGAAUAUGGAAAUGGAACAGAUAUCCACUGCUGCAAAGAAUCUGAUGGAAUCUGUGUCACAUGUUCAAACACCGUUCACUACCGCUAAACAUGUGGAACAUGUGCGGCCAAUGUUCAAAAUGGCGUGGACGCCAUUCCUGGCAGCCUUCUCAGUGGGGCUUCAAGACUGUGACGACCCUGAGAUCGCCUCCUUAUGCUUGGAUGGCAUCAGAUGCGCUAUUCGCAUUGCGUGCAUUUUCCAUAUGUCCCUGGAAAGGGAUGCCUAUGUACAAGCUUUGGCAAGAUUCACAUUAUUGACUGCAAAUUCGCCGAUCACGGAAAUGAAAGCGAAAAACAUUGACACAAUAAAAACCUUGAUAACUGUUGCACAUACUGAUGGAAACUAUCUAGGAUACAGCUGGUUGGAGGUUGUCAAAUGCAUUUCACAGCUAGAACUAGCACAACUUAUAGGGACCGGUGUGCGGCCGCAAUUCCUAUCAGGAUCGGGAAGUAAACCACAACCAGAUGCACUCAAAUUCAGCCUUAUGGCAUUAGAUCCUAGUGUCAAAGAGCAUAUUGGAGAGACAAGUUCUCAAAGUGUGGUAGUGGCUGUGGAUAGAAUAUUCACGGGAUCGACUAGACUCGACGGAGACGCGAUUGUUGAUUUUGUGAAAGCCCUAUGUCAAGUUUCAUUGGAUGAGCUCAGCCAUCCCACGAAUCCCCGCAUGUUCUCGUUACAAAAGAUCGUCGAGAUCUCGUACUACAACAUGGGCCGUAUCAGGUUGCAGUGGUCUCGUAUUUGGCAAGUUCUCGGCGAUCACUUCAACAAAGUAGGCUGUAGUAGCAAUGAAGAUAUCGCAUUUUUCGCAGUCGAUUCUUUGAGACAACUGUCUAUGAAAUUUAUAGAAAAAGGUGAAUUCGCUAAUUUCAAAUUCCAAAAAGAUUUCUUGAGACCAUUCGAGCAUAUAAUGAAGAAAAAUAGUUCGCCGACAAUACGAGACAUGGUGGUCCGAUGUAUCGCACAGAUGGUCAACUCUCAAGCGCCGAACAUAAAAUCCGGUUGGAAGAACAUAUUUUCGGUAUUUCACCUCGCGGCCAGCGAUCAAGACGAAGCGAUCGUCGACUUAGCAUUCCAGACUACGGGCAAAAUUAUAACAGAACUGUACGAAAAACAGUUCUCAGCCAUGAUCGAUUCAUUCCAAGAUGCAGUCAAAUGUCUGUCUGAAUUCGCGUGCAACGCUAAAUUCCCCGACACGUCCAUGGAAGCGAUAAGGCUGGUUAGGUCUUGUGCGACGGCCGUGGGCACGUCGCCGCACCUGUUCGCCGAACAUGCUGGGCUCGAGGGGGAGCCCGGUGCGCCUGAAGUGGACAGGGUGUGGUUGCGAGGAUGGUUCCCGCUUCUGUUUUCCCUUUCCUGCGUCGUGAGCCGGUGCAAGCUCGACGUGCGAACGCGAGGCUUGACCGUCCUCUUUGAGAUUAUCAAAACUCACGGCGACUCAUUCCGUCCGCACUGGUGGAGAGAUUUAUUCAACAUACUGUUUAGAAUAUUCGACAACAUGAAACUACCAGAGCAUCAGCUGGAGAAAAACGAAUGGAUGACUACGACUUGCAAUCACGCGUUGUAUGCCAUCGUAGAUGUCUUCACGCAAUACUUUGACAUUCUCGGCUCGCUUCUUCUAGAACAAUUGUACGCACAGCUGCACUGGUGCGUCCAGCAGGACAACGAGCAGCUCGCCAGGUCGGGUACCAACUGUUUGGAAAAUCUAGUCAUAUCCAAUGGAACCAAAUUCGGGGAAGAAACUUGGAGUAAAACCUGCCAGAUUAUGUUGGAUAUAUUCAACAGUACUUUACCUACAACGCUACUCACAUGGAAACCUGACGAGAACGACGACGGCGAGACGCCGCAGGUGCGUCACGGAAUUCUCAAAAAACCUCAAGGCGGCGAUGAAAUUAAAUCUUCGAACCGCAUUUUCAACAGCCUCCUAAUAAAAUGCGUGGUCCAAUUGGAACUGAUACAGACGAUUGACAAUAUUGUCUUUUACCCUGCUACGUCUAGAAAGGAAGACGCGGAAACGUUAGCGCUAGCCGCCGCCGAAUUGACUGGUGGCAUUCCCGGGACUGAGCAGGAAUGUCAGCGCGAAGAGCAAGGCAUGUACCGGUUACUGAGCUCGCCGCAUCUACUGAGACUCGUGGAGUGCUUGAUGUGCAGCCAUCGAUUCGCGAAGACGUUCAACACUAACAACGCACAAAGGAAUGUGCUCUGGAAAGCUAACUUCAAGGGGUCUGUGAAGCCGAACAUGUUGAAGCAAGAGACCCAGUCCCUGGCUUGUGUUCUUCGGAUACUGUUCAAGAUGUACAGCGACGAGGCGCGGCGCGGCCACUGGCCGGCCGUGCAGAAGAGCUUGAUCACCAUUUCCCGCGAGGCGCUCGAAUAUUUCGGCUCGUUGACGAGCGAAGCGCACCGGGACGCGUGGACCUCGAUACUACUUCUCAUCCUCACGAGAAUCCUCAAGAUGCCCGACGAAAGAUUUGCGGCGCACGUAUCCAGCUACUACCCCAUGCUGUGCGAGGUCACCUGCUUCGACCUCAAGCCCGAGCUGCGCACGGUGCUGCGGCGCGUGUUCAUACGCAUCGGGCCCGUCUUCAACAUUAUAUCUAACACGCAAUAAAUUGCUUCUUGGUUUACAAACGAAAUGGCCUUAUAGUUUAGUAGGUUAAAGUAUGACUUUGAUUGUUGAUAAAUAAUAACUAUGGGUGCUCGCGUAAAGCAGGGUUCCGGUACCUACAGGCUGGUGCGGGUACAAUGCCCUCAUCUUAUAUUAUAACUAUUACCUGUCUAUGUGAGAGCUCAUAAGAUAAUAUGGGGCUAUUUUGCCCGCAACAACCUUUAACUAUCGAAAACUACCUCUUUAUUCCAGCACCGUAACUCGAGCCAAGUAUAAGUUUGGUAUCUGUAGAACGCACUUGUUAAAACAAGACAACGCUAUACCACUGGCAUAAAUCUGACUCAUUUAAACUAAAACUUAAGUUUGAACAAAGUCUGAGUGCAGUCUACAGAUCUCAGCUAAAAGUCAGCGCAAACUGGGCAGCAGAAUGCUCCAGCAGUUUUCUAAAUAACUGACUGACUGAUCCAUUGCACAGCUUAUUAUUGAGAGACUCAAUAGCUCAACGGUUAAGCUGCAUGAGACGGGUCUGCCCGCGAAAUUCAAAAAUUUAGUUUUUCGCAAUUUGUAAACUAAUACGACAAAGUAGGCUUAUGGCAUGGUUUAUAUAAAAAUCUUUACUUGAAAGGGGACAGUUUUAUAAAUUAGUUUAUAGUAUUGUCUAAUUUGUGAGUAACUCAUUAUUUUGACUAGUUUCUUAAACAACACUUUCGAGUAAAGAUUUUUAUGUAAUCCUGUGAAGAUGAUACUGCCAUUGUCGGAGUUAGAAUGCCAUAAGCCUACUUUGUCGUAUUCAUUUACAAAUUGCGAAAAACCAAAUUAAAUUUGAAUUUUGCGGGCAGACCCGUCUCAUGCACCUUAAAGGAGCAGACUGAAAAUCGACAGGUCUGCGGUUCACCAGUUGCACUAUUGUCGUAUCUACUCCUAGCACAAGCUUUACGCUUAGUUGGAGGGGAAAGGUUAAUAUUAGUCAUGAUUAACAUGGCUAAUAUUCCUUUUUUUUAAUUAUUAAUUUAUCAAUGAAAACUGCUCUAGCAUUUCGCUGUUCACCUUGUGCUGACUGUAAGGGAACUUAUAUGAUAAAAUAAAUAGUGUUAAAGUAUUCCUAACUAAGCAGAAUGUCUGUUGAGAAAUGAAAACAUUUGUUAAUUUCGUAUAAUUUAAUGUAAUGACAGCAUCAGUACUUCACUAGUAUUAAAAGUGAUCUAUUAUACUUAGGAUGUAGUACAUAGUCUUAUUGUCUAAUUUAUAUAAAUUAUUUGAUCAUCAAAGUUAAAAUUAAAAAUGUAUAAUAAAAAAAUUCAUAGAUGUUGUACCUAUAAAUUAUAGUUUAUUCUGUAUAUUUGAAGUUUUUACGAUAUUUGGGAGGCUGAUUUCACUCACCGCUGCUACUCGCUUUCUCUUUUGUUUCUAGCUAGACUGAUCAAACUGUGAUUGUGAUGUUUUUCACAGCUUUUCGUGUGAUUUUUCCUUUCCAUUUUCUUACUGAGUGAUUUCAGAACUCGCAAGCAAACUGAUUAUAUUGUCACUUAUAAAUAAAAUAAUACAUUUAG